GGAUGGCUGCUGUCACAUCGAUUUCAGCAGAAUGCGGGGGCAUCAACAGAUCACCAUCCAUGAUGCAAUUGGAUCUGGAGGAUGAAAUUGUCUUCAAAGGCUUUAUGAUUAUACCAUACACGUUCCUGUCAGCCGGUGAGAUGCCAUCCAUGAUGCAAAAUUACCUGAAGUCUCUCUGCCUGACAUUUACAGAUCUCACCAACCAGCCGGAGACACUCAGUCAGUCCCAAGAAGGAGAACCUGAUGGCUGGGCUGUUCACGAGCCAGGCGGCUCAGUACGCGGCGGCGCGGCCGGUCUACCCCAAGGAUCUAUUUGCCAAGCUCGCGGCGCUCACCGCCCACCACCGCGUCGCCUGGGACGUCGGCACCGGCAAUGGCCAGGCCGCCAUCGGUGUCGCGGAGCACUACGACAGCGUGGUGGCGACGGACGUGAGCGCGGAGCAGGUGCGGCGCGCCGUCCCGCACCCCAGGGUCCGGUACCUCCACACCCCCGACGCCGACGCGGCGCCCGCCGACGACGGCCUUGUCAUGGCGCUCGGCGGCGAGGGCAGCGUCGACCUCAUCACCGUGGCCGAGGCGGCGCACUGGUUCGACCUCCCGGCGUUCUACGGCGUCGCCCGGCGGCUCCUGCGGAGGCCCGGCGGGGUGAUCGCCGUCUGGGGCUACAACUACCGCGUCAGCCCCGUGGAGGACAUGAUGGCGCGCUUCUUCCACACCACCCUGCCCUUCUGGGACCCCAGAGCUCGGUACGUGAUGGACGGGUACCGGGACCUGCCGUUCCCGUUCGACGACGUCGGCGCCGGGAAGGAAGGCGAGCCCGCGGGGUUCGACGUGGCGCACGAGAUGUCGUUCGCGGGGCUCGUCGGCAUGCUGCGGUCGUGGUCGGCGGUGGCGACGGCGAGGCGGCAGGGCGUGGACCUGCUGGACGAGCGCGCGGUGCGGCGGCUGGAGCAGGAGUGGGGCGGCGCGUCGCUGGUCCGCGAGGUCACCUUCAAGGCCUUCCUGCUUGCCGGCACCGUCGGCAGCGAGCUGUCAGAGUGAGCGUUGAUGUGAAAGCAGUGUACUCCCCUUGCCCUGCAGCGCUGCUGUUUGAUCACAUGCAGUGUAUUUUUUUUUUUGAAACCGAAGCCAGCAGGAGCUGGUGCUAUAUAUUAAGAAGAAAAGCAAGAGAUUUGUACAAGAUUUAACAUAAGCCUGCAGACACGCUGCCUACGGCUCACCAUACUUGCCCAGUGUUCUAAGUUCGUAUUCUCGCAAGGUAUUUUGCCCUGCAGGCCUCCCAGGUUCUGAUCUCAUCUAUGAUUUUUGUUACCAUUUGAUCUAGGAUUUGCUCUCUCCUCUGAAACACCCUCCUAUUCUGCUCUGUCCAAAUUUCCCAGUUUACCAAAAGAAAUCCUAUUCCGCUCUGUCCAAAUUUCCCAGUUUACCAAAAGAGAAACAGUGAGUUUAGACCUUUUGUUGUGUUCUUGUCGCUG